AUGGGGUAUGAUGAUCACCAACGACCAAAGUUCCCUUCUUUUCUUAUUUUCUGUUUCAUCACUCUGUUAUUCCACUCUUCUGCAACUGCAAAGACCCACAACACAUUACAGAGAGGCUCCUCUCUCUCAGUGAAACAUGGUGUAUCAGAGUUCCUGACCUCUCCAGACAACUCUUUCACAUGUGGCUUCUAUGGUGUUGGCACAAAUGCCUACUGGUUCUCCAUCUGGUUUACCAACUCCAAGGACAAAACCUUAGUUUGGAUGGCCAACAGAAACCGACCCGUCAAUGGCUUGGGAUCCAAGGCCUCACUGACCCGAGAUGGCUCCAUGGUCUUGACAGAUGUGGAUGGCACUCAAGUCUGGUCUCCCACCCUCAACUCCAGCUCUGCCAACCUUGCUGAAAGCGCUGAGCUUUUGAAUUCUGGCAACCUUGUUCUCAGAGGUCCACAAGGUGAAAUUCUAUGGCAAAGCUUUGAUUUUCCAACUCAUACUCUUCUCCCUAACCAACUUUUUACCAAGGACAUGAAGUUGGUGUCUAAUAAGUUAGGGAAGGGUGACUUUGGUAGUGGCUUUUAUAAUCUCAAUUUUGAUAGUGACAAUGUGUUGAGGCUCGUCUAUGAUGGUCCUGACAUGUCAAGCGUUUACUGGCCUGAUCCUAAUUAUAAUGCGUUUAAGAAUGGUAGAACAAACUAUAACAGUAGCAGAAUUGUUGUUUUUGAUGAUUUGGGUAGAUUUUUGUCUAGUGAUGGUUUCGAGUUUAGUGCAUCUGACAUGGGUUUGGGGAUAAAAAGGCGGUUGACUAUGGAUUAUGAUGGGAAUUUGAGACUCUAUAGUCUUAAUGCCACAGGGUUUUGGGUGGUGACAUGGGAAGCUCUGUCACAGAAUUGUAGGAUACAUGGGAUUUGUGGGAGAAAUGGGAUUUGUGUUUAUACACCAGAGCCUAAAUGUUCAUGUCCUCCUGGCUAUGAGGUGUUGGAUAAAACGGACUGGAACAAAGGUUGCAAGCCUAAGUUCAACCUUACAUGCUCAGACCCAGUGAAAUUCAUAGAGAUGCCAAAUGCCGACUUCUAUGGAUUUGAUGUCAAAAAAGAUGCCUCCAUCACGUUAGAAGCUUGCAGAAAACUGUGCAUAGAUGAUUGCCGGUGUCAAGCAUUUCGUUACAAGCAAGUAGAUCAAGUAACCAUGAAUUCGUGUUUCAUAAAAGAUGCUCUUUUCAAUGGGCACAAGUCUCCGUAUUACGGAGGCACCUUAUACUUGAAAGUACCUCUUGGCGUGAAUACAUCAUUACCUCCGAUCCUCAGUGUGACUGAUUCAUGCAUGAACAAUGAAACCAUGGCUGUGACAGUAGGUUCUGCUUCAAUGUAUGACAAAGCAACCAAAAGGGUGAGAUGGGUGUAUCUGUAUUCUUUUGCUUAUGCAGUUGGUGCAGUUGAAUUUCUUUUCAUAGUAUCAGGUUGGUGCCUACUUUUCCGAAGACAUGGCGCUGUAGCUCCCACCUUGCAUGAUGACUUCCGUCGGAUUUCAAGUCAUUUCAGAAUGUAUCUCUAUUCCGAGCUCAAGAAGGCAACUCAGAACUUCAAGGAAGAGUUGGGAAGAGGGGCUUCUGGAAGAGUGUAUAAGGGUGUUCUAGAAGACAAAAGAGUUGUAGCUGUCAAGAAAUUGGAAGAAAUUUAUCAUGCAGAAGAAGUGUUUUGGGCAGAAGUAACCACAAUCGGCAAAAUCCAUCACAUGAAUCUAGUGAGGACCUGGGGAUUCUGUUCAGAGAAUAACCAUAGGCUCCUGAUCUCUGAGUUUAUCGAAAAUGGAUCUUUGGACAAGCAUUUGUUCUCUUCAAGUUUUCUUGCAUGGAAAGAAAGGUUUAAAGUUGCUUUGGGGAUAGCUAAAGGUUUGGCCUAUCUUCACCAUGAGUGUCUAGAGUGGGUUAUACAUUGUGAUGUGAAGCCUGAAAAUGUACUCCUAAACAGUGAAUUUGAGCCUAAGAUUGCUGAUUUUGGGCUUGCAAAGUUAUCUCAGAGAGGCAGCCGCGGUUCACAUUUCUCUCAAAUGAGAGGAACAAAAGGUUAUAUGGCUCCAGAGUGGGCUUCCAACCUUCCAAUCACUGCAAAAGUUGAUGUGUACAGUUAUGGAGUGAUGAUUCUAGAGAUAGUGAAGGGUAUUCGGCUUUCAAGUUGGGUGAUGGAGGGUGAUGAUGAGGAGAUAGAAACGGAGAUGACAAGGUUUAUCAGAGAAGUGAAACAUAGAAUACUAUUAGGAGAAGAGUCAUGGAUAGAGGAAAUGGUGGAUCCAAGGUUGGAUGGUGAAUACAACAGGAGCGAAGCAGCAAAGAUGGUUGAGAUUGGUAUUUCCUGUGUGGAGGAAGAUAGGUCUAAAAGACCAACAAUGGAUGCAAUUGUACAAAUACUGCUAGAAUGUUAA